AUACAGACAGCUCGCUGACCAUCUCCCACCCACACCCCCAACCCUCAGCAGUUGUACAAGAAACUGGACACAAGAAAUGAUCCGUAAAAUCAGAUCAGUUUCAUCAGUACCGAGAGCACUUGAAACAAUUUAUCUUCUAAUUGCAAAUACACACAAAUUAAAAGCAUGAACAGGUUGUUUUAAGAUGACAGGAUAAAGAAGUCCUGAAGCAGCAGAAAGAGUUAAUAGAUCUAAGAGAAAGAGGAACAUCAUUCCAGUCGGCUGGAGCUUUGUAUUGAAAAGACCUGCGUCCGACUUCUUUAAAAAUUCUAGUGACAGAAAAAAAGGGAUAUUGUGUAUGUCUGAGUAAAUAUGAAGAUCUAUAUGGAACCAAAAAUAGUUUCAAAUAAGAAGGAAAAUUAAAGUAAACACCUUUAAAGAUGAACUGAACCCAGUGAAACUGCCUUCUAGCUUUAGGCUGCAACCAGUUAAGUGAUUCAUACAUAAAGCAAUGAUGAGUUCUCUAUGGGCACCUCAAAAUAAAUCUACGUAGAGAGUUACAUACUACAUUUAGGGGUCUAAGAUAAAUAUCAGAGGUGUUCAGAUAGACAAUGUGAGCAUAAUCAAUUAUAAGUAAAAGUAACUGAGAGAUUAUUCUUUUUCUGACAUGAAAAGCAAUUAAUUGAGCAAUUGAGUGAGCUCUGACAACCAUAUGUUCAUUUAAUAAUAAAAUCAAUGUGGGGCUUAAAGCAGAGUUCAGGGUCAUUCCAAAGUCCAAGAUAUUUGAAGGAAUCAACUCUCUGGAGGGGAGAUCCAUCAUCAAAAUUAAUAUGAAAGUCAAAGUGAUAUGAAUGUCUGUGUCGCGUGCCAAAUACCAUGCUGCUGGACAUCUUCUUAUUCAAUAUGAGUAAAAAAAAAUGUAAAGAGUUCUGGAUCUGUAAUAUAUCAGAGUUAGAAGUGUAAACAACAGUGUCAUCAGCAUAUAGAUGAACAAGAAAAUUCAAGCAUAUUUGGGGUAAAUCAUUAAUCAAGGGUGGAAUUUCACUUCUCUUUUCUUACUAAAUGAACUUUUACCCUGGAACUGGAUAAUGGUGAAUUUACUGUUGAUGAGCUCAGCAAUAAUAUGCCAGGAGUGUCGACACAGAGCGAUGUGCCAAUAAAUCAUCUCUUACAUGACUGAUCUCAGCUAAUCAGUCAAAAUGGAGAGAAGAGAAAUCUCAGGUUGUAAUUUUGAUGGUGGAUUUAACACACUGAUUUGUCAAGAGGACUUGAACGGCGAGGAGCAACAACAUAAUUUACAAAAUGCAUUCAUAAACAUAUUUCUGAUUCUGUUGUUUCAUUUUAGAGCCUGGCACAUUGGUGCAAAUAUGUUGAACUAUACUAACAAUUUUUUUAAAAAGUCUGCUGUUAGUUUUUACUGAGUGAAUGUUUUGCAUGGUUGUAAUAGGAUUUUUUGAUCACAUCAACAUUCAAAUGAUUUUAGAAUAUGUACUAUUUUGUUACUGUAGUUUGACACAGUGUCUUUUAUAAUGAUUCUUCUCAACACAUCCUGCUAUUUCUUUUCUUACUCUGAGUCCCGUACUGUCAAAAAGGACUGGCCAGAUAGCAGAGCGGACUGUAUCAGUCGUGGAGCUGAUCUGGUUGUGAUCGAUAAUCAGGAGGAGCAGACAUUUGUGAGUAACAGCACUGACAGUAUGAGAAGUGGCACUGACAUGUGGGAGAACGGAUUCUGGAUUGUUCUCACUGACACAGGGACAGAGGGGAUAUGGGUCUGGAUUAAUAAUGUCACUGAGGUGGAACAAAGGUACUGGAUGGGUGGAGAACCAAACAACGGUUACCUGGGAGAGGAUUGUGGCGUUGCAGUUCCUAGCCCCUCUAAUCCCUGGAAAUCCCGGUAUGAUGGAAACUGCAAUAUUAAAGAGUUACAUUGGAUAUGUGAAAUGGCAUCAAAUUAGAUCUGGAAGAAUUGCCCAAAAAGUAAAUAUAUGUUACUGUCUUUGAAAAGUGAAUAAAAUUCUCUAAAGUUAUGUCUUGUGUUUCUGGGUAUUUUUUACUUUAAAUUACUCAAAAUUACACAAAUAUAAACAUAUGUAUGGUAUAACAACAAAUAUCCAGGGUGGAGCCUUGUGGAACACCCUUAUCAACAGUUAAAUUAUUUGACUGAGAACCUUGAAAGACAACACACUGACAUCUAUUAUGGAGAUAGGCAUUAAACCAGAGGAGAGCAUUUUGAGAUAAACCAACAGAAUAGAGCUUAUCGAGGAGGAGGUAGUGAUCAACCAAAUCAAAAGCUUUGGAGAGAUCAAUAAAAAUUGCACCUGUGAGUAGGCCUUUAUCAAAGGAGGAGAACACAUCAUUGGUGAAUUUUAGAAGGGCUGUUGUAGUGGAGAAAUUACGUCUAAAACCUGAUUGGGAUGGAGAUAGAAUAUUGCACAUAUUGAUGUACUGAUAUAAGUAAUCAAAAAAAAGUUUCUCAAAAAUGUUGGCAAUGGUACAGAUAACAGAGAUUGGUCUGUAAUUAUUCACAUCGAGUGGGUCUCCUCCUUUGAAAAGACGGACAACUCCGGCACAUUUCUAUAUGGGAGGAAUUGAACAAGUAGUUAGAGACAUAUUAAAUAAAUCAUCAAGGGGAUA